AGAGCCCGGGCCCGGCGGGGGCAUGGCGGCGGCGCGGGGCCGGGUGCUGUGCCUCUUCGACGUGGACGGGACCCCUGACGCGCCUCGGCAGAAAAUCGAGCCGGAGGUGGAUGCGUUCCUGCGGGAGCUGCGGGAGAGGGUGCUCAUCGGCGUGGUGGGAGGCUCCGACUAUGCCAAGAUAGCCGAGCAGCUGGGGGACGGGGACGAAGUCAUUGAAAAGUUUGACUACGUCUUUGCAGAGAACGGCACAGUGCAAUACAAGAAUGGGCAGCUGGUCUCCAAGCAGGCCAUUCAGGAUCACCUGGGGGAAGAGCUGCUGCAGGAUCUGAUCAACUUUUGUCUCAACUACAUGGCAUUGCUGAAGCUGCCCAAGAAACGAGGAACCUUCAUUGAGUUUCGCAACGGGAUGCUGAACAUCUCCCCCAUCGGACGAAGCUGCACCCCAGAAGAGCGAAUUGAGUUCUCUGAGCUGGACAAGAAAGAGCGGAUCCGGGAGAAGUUUGUGGCAGCCUUGCAGAGGGAGUUUGCUGGCAAGGGCCUGCGUUUCUCCCGAGGUGGCAUGAUCAGCUUUGAUGUGUUCCCAGAGGGCUGGGACAAGCGCUACUGCCUCAAUGUGCUCGACGACGAGAGAUUUGACACUAUCCACUUCUUCGGGAAUGAGACGACCCCUGGAGGGAACGACUAUGAAAUCUAUGAUGAUCCCCGCACUGUGGGACACAGUGUCCAGUCCCCCCAAGACACGGUCCAGCGAUGCCGCGAAAUCUUCUUUCCAGAAAGAGCCAAUGAGUGCUGACUGCCAGGUCCUUGCAGCCCUGCCCCAGUCCCACCCUCUCCCCCCACCAGGAAAAGCACCUUGAUUUGAGGAAUCUGCUCAGGGUAGACCAAAACAACACCACAGAGCUGGUGAGGAUGUAACACGAGUGCGGGUGGGUGGCAGGAGGGAGCCUUUAGCUGAGCAGCCCUUUGGCACUCCCCAUCUGUGGCUGGGGGUUGUAGUACCAGACCCUCCUCGCCUUCAGAGAAACUUCUCUUGACAGUUCAGCUGUGGUGGGCGGUGAUGCAGAUGCUUUUGUGGUUGGAAAGCAUUCAAAAGGGCCAGUCGAGAGCGUGUGUGUGUCUGCUCCAUGCUCCCUCUCCUCUCCUUUUCCACUCUGUUUCUCUUAACAGUUCUGCAUGAGGGAAUAUGCUUCUCACCUUUCUCUCUCCCUUGCACCUUGGCCUGGGAGGCCAGGACUACUGAGGCUGCUGAGGCUCCAGACAUUCAUGGGAGCUGCUCCAAGGCAAGAGGCCAGGGAGGCUGUUUGCUCCAAGCCUGUGGUACGAAGGAAUAGUUGCUAUCCCAGCUUUUUGCACCAUUGUG